AUGGACGCUAACCGCCCGGGCGCGUUCGUGCUGAGCAGUGCGCCCCUGGCCGCACUGCACAGCAUGGCCGAGAUGAAGACCUCGCUGUUCCCCUACGCGCUGCAGGGCCCGGCCGGCUUCAAGGCGCCCGCGCUGGGCGGCCUGGGUGCACAGCUGCCGCUCGGCACCCCGCACGGCAUCAGCGACAUCCUGGGGCGGCCCGUGGGCGCGGCGGGCGGCGGCCUCCUGGGGGGCCUGCAGCGCCUGGGCGGGCUCGCCUCGUCGGCCGGCGUCUACUUCGGGCCCGCGGCCGCCGUGGCGCGCGGCUACCCCAAGCCGCUGGCCGAGAUGCCCGGGCGCGCGCCCCUCUUCUGGCCCGGCGUGGUGCAGGGCGCGCCCUGGAGGGACCCGCGCCUGGCCGGCCCGGCGCACGGCGGCGGCGGCGGCCUGGACAAGGACGGCAAGAAGAAGCACUCGCGGCCGACCUUCUCGGGCCAGCAGAUCUUCGCGCUGGAGAAGACCUUCGAGCAGACCAAGUACCUGGCGGGCCCGGAGCGCGCGCGGCUCGCCUACUCGCUGGGCAUGACCGAGAGCCAGGUCAAGGUGUGGUUCCAGAACCGCCGGACCAAGUGGCGCAAGCGGCACGCGGCGGAGAUGGCGUCGGCCAAGAAGAAGCAGGACUCGGACGCCGAGAAGCUGAAGGUGGGCGGCUCGGACGCGGACGACGACGAGUACAACCGGCCCCUGGACCCCAACUCGGACGACGAGAAGAUCUCGCGGCUGCUCAAGAGGCACCGGCCGUCGAACCUGGCGCUGGUCAGCCCGUGCGGCGGCGGCGGCGGCGCGGGGGACGCCUCGUGA